CACGAAACUGGUAAUUCCAAGUCUGCAAUGCAGAAAAUCAAUAUUUCUCAGAAGUGACAAUGUUUUGAGUAUUUAAAGGGCCAAAUUCAGGCGAACAAUCUACUUACACAUACAAACAAACAUGACACACACGUUGCUAAGCCAAAGGCACAAACAGGAGUUGCGCGAGAAGGGCGUGACUGUAGUAGAGAAUGUUAUUCCAUCAACAACAUGCGACGAAUACAUAAACGAAUACCAAGAGUGGUUGAAAAAGUUCUCCAAUGCUGAAGGGAUUCCAUUUCCGAACACUGAGAAUAGUGGGUUCUCCUUAAUACAAGGAUACAGAAUAGGGCAUUUUGCUGCAACUUGGGGCGCCCGGCUUCAUGCAAAACGAGUCUAUGCAGAACUCUGGGAUACCCAAAAGCUGUUGACCAGUAUAGAUGGCGUGGCGAUCGGAAGACCCCCAGAGGAUGGCACAACUGAAUUCUAUGCAGGUGAUAAUGAAUUUAUUGAUUCCAAAGGUAACAUCCACCGCAAGCCAAAAAAACAUUGGCUCCAUAUAGACCAGAAACAUAAACGGCUAGGUCUCCAUGCCUUCCAAGGAGCAGUUUAUCUCGAGGAAGCCACAAGUAUAGAUUGGUGUUUCACAGUGAUGGAGGGCUCUCACAAGUUCCAUGAUACAUUCUUCAAUAAUUGUCCAACAUCCGAUACCAAUAACUCCAGCUCACUCCGACCACGUAAUCUGCUCGAAAGCGAGGUUGAUUGGUUUCUGGAACGAGGCUGUGCAGUGCGUCGAAUCGGGGCUCCAAAAGGGGGCAUGGUCAUAUGGGACGCGCGACUCGUUCAUGCGAAUGCCUUCCCAAAACAAAAUCGGAAACACCGAGAAAGAUGGCGCUAUUGUGUUUUUACCACGAUGACUCCCGCUAUAUGGGGAACUAAAAAGACACUCAGAAAUAAACGUGAAGCUUAUACCAAUAUGUUUCUAACCACACAUUGGGCUUCGCAAGGCGGCCGCGUUUGGCAGGACACACGGAGUACACCAGAAAAUACAAUUACGGAACUUCCCGAUAUUGCCCGAAGUUUAAACGCUCGCCAGUUAGCGGGAAUGGACCCUUAUGAUUUUAAUGAUGGACAGCCUAAUGGACCAGAUUGGACUCCGAAAUGGGAAAGUGGAUACACCGACUAUUAAUUAGUUUCGAAUAAAAACGAUAAUUACUUUUUGGUCGUUUUUAAACCGAUUAUAAAUCAAUUCAACUUUUUAGUUUGUACUCAUUGCCUUAAAAGUUGAACUUUUCUAAAUCGCAAUGUGCAAAAUGUUGUAGAAAAUGCUUAUGGAUUUAAUUAUAUUAUUAAUUUAUUUAUAUUUGAAUAAUAUAUUUUUAUUUACAUACACGUUGGACGUGGCGCUAUCUAUUGUUGUUACUUUGCAGUGACUAUAUUCUAGGAGACACAUCAUUGUUUUUGUUGUUUAUAUGUCUGUUUUAAAUUUGUAAAUUAUUUUUUAGAUAUUUGUACAAGUAUAUUAUAAGAUAAUAUAUCACUGUUGGAAAUGGC